UGAUAACAUACACAAUCAUUCUAGCCGGUAUUUUUUUAUUCCCGGGUAUUUACUAAUAUUUUCGUUGUAAAUCUUGAUUUUAGUAAAGUAUUAUUAUUUUAACCUGCAUUCUGUGUUAUAGUUACUAGUGUGGUACUGCGUCCAAAUUUCUCGACCAUGAUAACACCACCAUUGUUAUGUUGCAGUAACCAGUAUGACUGUUGAUUAAGAUUAUUUGGAUAUUUUUUGGUAAAUUAAAAAUUUUAUUUGUAAGGUGUAACAGGGAUACAGGGUACAAACGAGUCAUAAGUUAGUAAUAUUCAACUGAAAUUAGUCAAUCAUUCUUUAAUAAAACUAUACGUAAGUCUAAAUAUUAUGUAUUAUUUAUCUCAUAAUUUUUAAAACUUGUUCUUGGUAGGUAGUUAAAUCAUGACACAUUUGUAUUGUGGAACCUUGAUAACUCGAAUGAAUUCCUUAUUCCUUGCAUCUUAAUAUAGAUCUUGUAUCCCACAUUUUCUUGAUAAUUCAAAUUUCUCAAUAAGUCAAAUUUAUUUGAGUUGACUUUUGGCUUAUAACUUGAAUUAUUCUUUAUAUAUUAGUAUAUUACUGAAAAUUACUGAAAUACAUUUAAUGGUUAUUUAUAACAAUCUGUAUGUAUAUAAAUAUAACAAUUUUAAUUAACUUAUUACCAAUCUAGUCUUAAUUUAAUGCUUUAAAGGCACAUUAUAUGAAUUAAAUAGUUUGACCGAUAUUUAAUUAAUGUUUGUUUACUUGUACACUAUUAGUAAAUUUUUAUUUUGGUCGAAUUAUAAUUAAUAUUUAAUAACAAUAUUGUUGAAACAGUCAUUAUUCAGUUUACCUUGUAGUUUUGUGAUAUCAAAAUGGAAAAACACUUAAAAAUUUCAAUGCGUAUAUGUAAUGUGUAUACAUAUUUAUGAUAGUGUAAGUAAAUAAAACAAAACCAAAAGUAAAAGUCAAAGUCUGUGUAUUAUCUAAUAAAAUAUUAACUAAUAUUAAAAUUUUUGAUAAACUCAAAUUUUUUUUUAUACUUAACCAAUUUGAGUUAUCUACAUUUCAUUGUAUAAUGUUAAUUAAUGAUUGCAAUUCUGUUCAUAUAUGUUUGUUUAAAAAAAACAUCUUACUACUAAAUAGGAACUAUUCUUAUUCUUGUGGUCUUGAGGCCUUAUAUAUUUAUUAACCAACAUCAGUUCAAUUUACAUCGAAACAUAUAAUUAUAUAAUAGUGUAGAUUAUAAAUACAAUAUAUAAUUACAUAUCAUAGAUGCUAAAAUAUGUUACAAUAAUAAAAAAUGAAAGGUAAAAUACAAAUAAGUAUAUAAUAAUAAGUGCUAUUAAGUUUGAUUAAUAGAGUAAAAGAAAUCUAAAUGAUUUACAGAAUUCCCUGUAGGUAACACAAUAUUUACAGGUGUACACGACAUAUAGUUCUGAAAACAAUGUUUUAUAUAAAAUAAUUCUCUAUUACAAAUGUUAUGUUUAUUUACUUUUAGAGUAAUAUAGUUUAUAAGAAACUUUUUGCCUAUUUUAUUAUUAAGUAGUUUGAAUAAGAAAGUAUAUAAAGUUUAGUUUUUCGAUCUUUUAAUGGUAUUAAAUUUAAAAAAUUAAGAAUGGCAUCAUAUCCAAAGUAAAGAGAUCUAUAUAAAUUGCUUUUAAAACAGAUAAAACGAAGCAUAUUAUUUUGAAUUUUCUCUAUUUCUUCACUAUAGCUGAUGUUAUAUGAUUCCCAUAUGAUUGGAGCAUAUUUCAAUAUAGGGUGAAUGAUUGAAGUGUAAAGACAUUUUAAUGUAAAUGGAUCGUUAAAGUUGGAGCAAUUUCAUUUAACCAUGCCAAUUAAUGAAAGCUUUUUUUUUAUUGCUAAUAUCUGGAGAUUAAAUUAAUGUUUUUAGUCAGAGAUUACUCCAAAAUCAUUAACUUUGAUAGAACAAAAUACAUUUUGGUUAAAGAACUUAUAGUCAUUGGAAAUAAAAUUAUUUUUUUUUUAGAAAAAGUAAUGUAUUGACAUUUAUUAAUAUUAAGGGACAUAUGAUUUCAGAUGCACCAAUUUUGAAAGCUAGUUAAAUCAUGUUGAAGUAGUUAUAUUCGAGCGAAUAGAAGAAUAUUAUAAUGUUUAAUUGAAAAAAUAAUAUCAUUAAUGAAUAAAUUGAAUAAUUACAGGGUGAGGUGGUCUCCUUGUGGGACACCGAAUAUAACUGAAUAUAUUAUAUAUAUUAUAGGUUGUUUACUUUGUUUGUAAAAUGUACACACCUUAGGGACAAUACCCCAUAUCAUCUUUAAAGUUCUAUAACCAUGUUUUAAAUGCUUUAUUUAAUUUAUACUUUAUAUAAGUGCAAAUAAUGUACUUACUUUAAACUUAAUUCUCGGUUAAAUCAAUUCAGGUAAAAAUAAAAUUUAAGUUUUAAUCAUUUGGUAAUUUUUGGCCUUAUGGUAAUAGUAUACACAUUUUUAAUAUUUUGAACUGGAGAAAAAAUUGAUUUCAUAUCAUUGAUUAUUUUGAAAAUGUUAAAUUUCGUCUUAUCUGUUUCCUACUGAAACAUGCUAAUAAUCUUGUACCUAAUCUUAAAUAAUUAAUAAUUAAAGUAAGGCUUACAAAUAUUGUUAUUAAUAAUAAAUAUAAAUGUAAUAAUUAAUAAUAAUAACAUUAAAUUUUAUGUUUAAUUUUAUAUUAUUAUAAAAUUUAUUAAUCUCUAUUAAUGUUUAGAACAUGUCCACAUUGGAAGAAAUAUCAAUUCAAGGUAUUAGGAGUUAUCAUCCACAAGAAAAACAGAUAGUAAAAUUUAAAAAACCACUUACAUUAAUCUUGGGUCAAAAUGGUUGUGGAAAAACAACAAUAAUCGAGUGUCUUAAAUAUAUCACAUGUUCAGAUCAACCAAAGAAUACAAAAAAUGGAGGUUUUGUUUGGGAUCCUAAACUAUCAGAUCAUUCAACUGUAAUACCUAGGUGUAUUCAUAGUUAUUCUAGUAACUUAAAUUUAUUUAAUAUCUUAGGUGAAAGGCAACGUGAAACUAACAUUUCGUGAUACUCGUGAUAUUCAUGUGGUGGUUUCAAAGACUUUAGAAUCUACUCAGAAAUUAAAAACAGUUACUACCAAGUCAAUCGAUCAAACAGUUUCUAGAAAAGUUAGUUUAUCCAAGAUUAAAUAAUUAAUUUCAUUAUUAAUUAUCCAUUUUAAUAUAUAAAUCUAAUAUAGGGUGAAAGUGCUUCACACAAAUGUGCUGAUGUUGAUGAUGUCAUGAGUACUUAUUUAGGAGUUUCAAAAGCAAUUUUGAAAGAUGUGGUUUUUUGUCACCAAGAAGAUUCUGGCUGGUUAUAUUUAAAAGUAUAAUUAAGUAAAACAGAAUUUAAUUUUUAAUCGUUUUUUACAGGCCUUUAGAUGAAGAUAAAAAAGUAAAAGAAAAAUUUGAUUCUAUUUUUGAUGUUGGAAAAUAUGACAAAUGUAUUGAUCAAAUACGUAAAGAGAUAAAAAGGAUUCGUGAUGGUAAGAAAUACCAAUAGAUUAGUCUUCUUUUGUCCAAGUUCAACUAACAAGCAAUAUGCUAAAAUUACAUUAAGCAUUUGAAUUGAAAAAGAAAAUAUUUUUUUUAAUAUUUUUAAAUUAAAAUUUCAACACCUUAAUUUAAAUUCUAAGUAAAAUAAUUAUACUAUGUUUUUAUCUACUGAAACAUUAAAUACAGGUGUGGUAUAUAUCAUUUUUAAACUGAAAAAUAAAUUAAAACCUCUCUAAAAUGUAUUUUAUUACUUAAAUAUUUGAUAAUAAUAUAUUAUAUAUUACUAUUUAAUUUAUAAACAAUUUCCAGGCAAAUUUAAAUAUUUUGAAUCAAUAUAAGUAUUAUUAUUUUCAUCGGUGGCAUUUAUUAAGUAUAUUUUAUGGUUUCUUUUCUUUAAAAUCUUUUCAAUUUAACAUAAAAAAAAAGACCAUUUAAAAUUUAAAAUUGUAUGUAAACUAUAAAGCACUAAUAUUUUACAUAAUUUAUAAUAAAGAGUAACAGAAUAACCUAAACAAUUAUAUUAGUUUUGACAAAAAUAAUAAUUUGUUUUUAAUAUAAACUUUAUUAGUUCUAAAAUAAUUUUAAAAUGUAUUAAUUUUUAUUAAUUGAACAAUGUUUAUUUAAAAUAAAUAUUUAAUAUAUAUAUUUUUAGACAAAAAGAUGGCAAACAAUAAUUUAACUUAUUGUAAAACUUAUCGUGAAGAAGCACGCACCAAAAGAGCUACAUUAGAUGAUAGAAUCUUUAAAUUGGAUGAACUAAAAGAAAAAAUGAAUGAAGUUGAAAAUAAAUUGAAGCCAUUAGAAGAGCGUUACAAUGCAAUACUGUUUAUUGAAGAAAAUUUGUCUUCUUUAAGAGACAAACUAUUAACUUCAGAAGGAAAUCUAAAAUCUAUUAGAUUAGCUCAAAAAGAAUUGAAAUCAGUAAUUAAACUAGAGUUUAUUGGAAAUGACUCAGAACUUGAAGAAGCACUAAAGAAUUUUAAUAAUAAUUUAUUGUAAGUUUCUUGUAAAUCUGUUCUUUCUUGUUACCUUUCCUCUCUACUAUUAGUGUUCAGUCACUUUUGUCCGCAACCAUCACUACAAUAAUCUGUUUCAUACACUAACUAUUUUUGUAUUAAAUUACCCUUAAUUACGUCUCUUUUGUGACCAUUCUUUACCCCAUAUUUAUUGUACAUCUAUAUCACAUAGAUACUUUUUUGUUUUUUCUUAUAACAUAUCAAAUUUAUUAACUUCCAUAUAAUAUUUGAUUAGCACUACAGCUUUCUUGUAUAGCGCUAAAUAUUUAAAUUGAUAUUAAUUAUUAUUGACCAAUUUAUAAUAUUAAUAAUAUUGAAAAAGAAUAUUUUCUUGUUAGUUAUUUUUGUUUUUGGUACAUAUAAUAUUAGAAUUCCAAAACAAACCACAGACUAUUUAUAGGUUUCAACUGAUAUUUCAAGUUUUAAACUGGCUAUUUAAAAUAUUUAUGAAUAAUUGUAAAUUUUUAAAAACAUAAUCAAAUAAUUUAGAAAUUAAUUAUUAAUAUUAUAAAUGAAAACUAAAAAAUAAUCCAUUUAAUUGAACAAAAUAUUUACUUUAUAACUGUAUUGGCUGACUUAAAUAAAUCUAUAUUAUCUAAUAUUAUUAAUCUGAAAUUAAUUAUUUUUACAUUGAUUUACUGUGUUGCAUAUGAAAAUCAAAACAUGUUCAUAUAAAGCAAUUAUUUUCUAUUAAUUUAUUUAAAUUGUAAUAUAAUUAUUGUUUAAAGACAAAAAGAACAAGAAAAAAACCGAUUAAGUCAAGAGAAAAGCAUUGAAGUUAGUAAAGAAAUGGAAAUUCAGGAAAAUAUUAGCAAAGAACAAGUAAAUUUAGGCCGGUAUCAAAAUGAGGAAAAACAAAAUCAAAAUAAUAUACAAAAACAAAAUUCAAGAAUAACGGAAUUGUCACGUCUUAUGGAUAUUAAUUGUGAGUAUUUAAUAAUAUAAUAUUAAUUUAAAAUGGUUUAUUUAUAUUAAUGUUUGUUUCUUCAGUGCCAGAUUUAUUUGAACACAAUCGUAGAGAGGUAAUAACUGAUUUAUCAAAUGAAAUAAAUUCUAAGAAUAAUAAAUUAGAAUCUACAAAAAAAGAACAUAAACAAAUUGAGGAUCAAAUGCAAAUCCAUAUUGAUACAACAAGAGUAGAAAAAGCCAAGUUGGAUCAAGAUAUUAAAAUCAAAGAAAAACAAAUUGUAGAUAAUACUUUUGAAAUUAAAAAACUGAAAGAAGUAGUUGAACAAGUAAUUCAAAUCAUUUUAUAAGUUUUGAAUACUAUGUUCUUAAUAAAUUAUGUAUUAUUUUAAGAUAAAACAAUCAGCACAAAGGUUGGAAAUUCUAAAAAAACUUAAAGAUGAUAAUAACACUAAAUCAAAAACAUUGAAUGAAUCAAUUAAUUUUGAUGAAAUUAAAACUGAAAUAAAUAAAAAAAAACAAGAAAAAAUUGAGUAAAUAUAGUAGUUUUUUUAAAAUGUUGACAGUUAUUCAAGUGGAAUUAUCUAUAAAGUUUAUUUAUCACUCUUACCUGUUUAUAGUAUAAACCUUAAAUUGGAAGUUGUAGAAAAAGAAGUACAAAAACUACAAUUGUUAAGUGUUGAACAAGCAGAACUUGAUACUAUCAAAACAAAUAAAUCUGGAGUUGAAAAUAAACUUAAAAUACUGUAAGAAUAAUAGUAUUUAUUUACUCAAAUUUAAAUAUUAAUUUGAAUAAUUUUAUUUUUUUUUUGUUUUAAGUAAAAACAAAGUGAAUAAUGUAUUAAAUGAUUUACUUGGAUUUAUACCACAAGAAAAACUAAAAUAUGAGUUUACAACUUUUUUGGAUAAAUUGGUGUGUAUUUUUAAAUAUAAUAUUAUUUAUACUUUUAUAAAUCAAAAAAUAAAAUUUAUAUUUUAGUCUAAUGAAAUCAGGACUAAUCGAAAUAGUAUUGAGGAUAAGCAAAAACAAUAUACUAUACUAGAAGCAAAUUUUAAUCACACCAAAGAAAAAUUACGUGUAAAACAAAAAGAUUUAUCUGAUGAUGAAAAUGCCCUGAGUGAUAUGUGCCAAGGUCAAGAGUAUGAAACAUUACUAAAAGAAGUCAACGAAAAAGUAGAAGAAUUACAAGUAAGUAGUUCAAUAAAAUGUCAAAGGCUGUUGUAAAACAUAUAUAAUUGAAUUUUUUAACUUUUUUUGAGAAAUCUAAAUAAAUUUGAAAAUUACCAAGUAAUAGCAACAAUAUCAUAAAUUACUUUGACAAAUAAUAAAUAGUCAAAAUUGUUAUUAUGCGGCCUAUUUUUAACCCAGAAGAAACUAAUAUCAUAAUGAAAAAACAAAUCAUUGAGGUUAAAAUGUAUACAGGUGCUAUUUAUAAAAAGUUGUAAUCUUAAAUGUAAUUAAUAUAAAACUAUAAGUAUACAAAUAAGUUUCAUUAAAAGGAAUUCAAAUUUAAUUGUGUAAUUGCUUAAAAAAUUAAAGUCUUUCAAAUUAUUGUGCACGUAUUCUACUAGUAAAUUAUAAUAACAACUUUUAUAAAAAUCAAACUUAAUUAUAUUUAGGUGCUAAACUUUAUAUUUGAAUCUAUAAAUUAAAAAUAAAACUAAAAUUUUUCUAUAGUUUGUACUAUUAUAAGAAUUAAUUAAGUAGAAACCAUUAGUAUGAUAUUUCAAGUUUUACUAAUAUUUGUCAAUUUUAUGUUAUAAUUAAUAUUUACUGCAAUUAAUAUAUAUAUAUAUAUAUAUAUAACAAUUAUUUUGUAUAGGAUCAAAAAGGUUCCGUGUCAACUUCUGGUCAUCUUUUUAAGCGAUACAUAAAAAAUCUAGAAGCUCAAGAUCCUAGUUGUCCAUUAUGUCAUAGAGGGUUUACUUCAAUUGAUGAAGUGACAGAACUUAUUAAUGACGUAAGAUUAAUUUAUAUAGUCCAAAUGAAACCUCUGUUGUUUUUAUUUAUUAAUAGUAUUAUUAUAAUAAUAUUAUUAUUUAUUAUAGUUGAAUAUAAGAGUACAAAAAAUUCCAAUUGAAUUGGACACCACAAUAACUCAAUUAGAAAUAUAUUUAGAAAAACAAUCAAAACUUCACCAAUUAAAACAUACUUACACUAGAAUAUCAAUUUUGAAUAAUUCAGAAAUACCUAAACUCAAGUAAAAAUAGUGUAAUUUUUCUAAUUCUUUUAUUUUAAAUGACAUUUUUUUAUUUUUUUUUAAGAGCUGAAUUAGAGACUAUUGGUAAUAACUUAAAAAAGUGUCGUGAUGAACUUACAAAAUUAUUAGAUAGUAAUGGAAAGUUAGAAACUAAUGAAACAAAUGCCAAGAAUAUCCAAUCUGAUGUAAUAAUGAUUGAUAGUUAUUAUAAUGAUAUUAGCCGAUACACAAAAGAUGAACAGCGUUUAAUAAAAACAAUUGUUGAAUCUGGUUCUACUAGAAAUCUUCAAGAAGCAAUCAAUGAACAAAAUUCAUUAAGAAGUAUUUUAAAUGAUAUCUGUAAUGUAUUGGAAAAAAAACAGCAUGAGAUAACUGAAUACAAUGAAACAUCAUUUAAAUUACAAGUAAAAAGAAAUAAAAUCAUAAAUGAGGAAUUAACUAUAAAGUGUAAAAUCCAAGAUGAAAAAAGUGCACUUGACAAGUUGAAUGAACUAAAUAUUAUUGAAACAGUGUUGCGCGUAGAAUUAGAUGAAGCUAAAAAUACAGUAGAACCAAUCCAAAAAAAAUUGGAAGAACAUAUUAAAAAAUUGGAGGAAACCAAAAAAUUUCAAAAUGAAAAAAUCACAAAUAAUUUAAAAGAAGUACCAUCUUAAUUCUUGUUCUUGUCAUAAAUUUAUCAAUAUUUAAUUGUAAUAAUUUGCAAAUUAAUUUCAGAUUAUGUUACUAGAAAAAAAAUUUUUAGAAAUAAAUAACUUGCAGACUUCUAUUGAUGAUUAUAAAAAAAAAGGAUGGUCAUUACGUAUCAAUGAAAUAAAUAAUUCAUUGGAAGAUUUAAAAAAGCAAAAAAUUAAAAUUGCCGAAACUCAGAUUAACAUUCAAAGAGAAAUUGAUUCUAUAAAUGAAUAUAAUGCCAAUCAAGAGGUAAGUUAGAAUGUGUAGAAUUUACUUCUUUAUUUUUCAGAUUUAACCUUAGAAAGUUUUUAUGUUUACUUUACCUAAUGUGUGGACUAUAGUUACUGAUAUAAAUGCAUAAUUUUUAUAGUAUUAAACAAUAUAUAUAUUUUUUUUUACAAUUAAUCUAAUAAAUAGAUUAAUUGAACUUUAAUUUAGAUUUGGAAUGUAAGGAGGAAUCUAUUAGUGUAUUUAUGAUGUAUGUUUAUUGAUGUAUUUUUUUUGUGUUGGUGAAAAACUUUUCUAUUAGAAAACUUGUUCUAAAGUAUAGACUUAAGCACCUUUUCCUAAAGUUAAUUUUCUCUAGCUGGUGUAUUGGGUCAUUGUCAAGUCAUUUUUUGAUUUUUCAAAGGGUUAUUGAAGCAUUUAAAAAAAAACCUGAAAGAAAAUUAUUGGUAAAAUGGCAAAUAUUUACGGCGCGCCGUGGCGUUACUGUUUUCAUUACUUUUAUUAUGUUUAUAUAAGGUUUUUUAUCAAAAAUGUUGUUAAAAUCCAAAAAUGACAAGAGAUUCAUUUUGUUCUGUUUUAUCACAUAGCCACUAACAGAGAAAGUGUUUUUUUUAUAUCUAAAGUAUUUUUCAUAAUAAUUGGGAAAAAUCAAUAAAGUUAAAAUAUAUGAUUUUUUCCAAAUUAUGGCACAACGAUUUCAUUAUUUAAAUUUGUACGACUUAUGUUUUCUACCAAAAAUAUUACUCCAAUAGAUAAAUUACAAGAGCCCUUUUUUGUUGCAUUUUUAAUCAAAUUUUCAAGUUUAAAUUUUCUUUGUAGUUUUUUUUAAUAAUUGAGUAAAACUGAAAAAUAUGCAGAAAGAAAACUGGAACAUUUAUACAAAAAUAAUUCUUUAAUUAUUUUAACUUUUUAAUGUAAUUCAGUUUAAAAUAUUUGUAGACUUAAAAUUUCAACAAAAAACUUUUAGUUACUUUUCCUAGAUGUAGUAUAACUUUUAAUUUUGCAAGAUUUUACACAAUCUUUAUUUGGUAGGCACCUCUGUAGAUAAAUGUUUAGACUUAACACACAUUUUUAAAAAUUAAAUAGGAAUUCAUUAUUAGCCGUAAUUAGUAGUUAAAAAAAAAGUAUUGGCUCUUUUUAAUUAUACAUCUUUGUAAUAUAUAUAUAUUUUUACAAAUACAAAAAUAGAUACAAAAAAUAGACUUGGAAAAUAACAAAAAGCUAAGACAGAAAUCAACAGCUGAAAUUGAAUGUUUGUCUGAAAUUCAUGAACUUAAAGAUAAAGUUGGAAAUCUGGAUGUAAACAGUUUGAUUCGCGAAAAAAAAGAUAAUAGAGAAAAAUCGGAGCAUUUAGUUCAAGAAGUAAUUUUUUUAUUUUUAUUCUUUGUUCUAAUGACUUUAAAAAUUAAAGUUUUUUCUUUUUUUAAGAAAAAUAAAGCUUUAGGUAGAAAACUAGAAUUGGAAAAUGUGAUAGAGAUUACAAAAAAAGAACUUGCAGUUAGUCAUUAUAGAAAUGCUGAAAAAAAUUACUUGGAUCAAAAAGUACAGUUAGAGGUUUUACAUUGUGUCGAUAAUGAUUUAAAUAAGUAUAUUAAAGCUCUUGAAUGGGCAUUGAAUCGAUUUCAUUCAGAUCACAUGCAAAGUAUAAAUACUAUUAUAAAAAAUUUAUGGAGAGACAUUUAUACUGGCAAUGACAUUGAUUAUAUUCAAAUAAAAACAUCAGAUGAUAAUAAACCCAUUUCAACAGAUUCAAGUAAUUAAACAUUUUGAAUAAUACACAAACUAAUAGAUUAACUAGUGUUUUAAAAAUGUAUUAUUAUUGUCACUGACUAGGCAAAAGAAGAGUAUUCAACUACAGAAUCGUACAAAUUAAAAAUGAUGUUGAAUUAGACAUGAGAGGUAGAUGCAGUGCAGGGCAAAAGGUAAUAGUAAAUAACUAAUAAAUAAUAUUAUAAUUUUUAAAUAUUGUUUUAUCUAAAUAAGUUUUGAACAUUUUAAGGUAUUGGCAUGUUUAAUUGUAAGAAUGGCGUUAGCAGAAACAUUCAGUAAAAAUUGUGGUAUACUUGCAUUAGAUGAACCUACAACAAAUUUAGAUGAAGCUAAUAUACAAAGUUUAGCUGAAUCUUUAUCUGAGUAUGUUAGAUAUAUAUAUUCAGGUAUUAAUUUGUAUAUUUAUGUUAUUUGUAUUUUUUUUUUUAAGAAUUAUAACACGGCGGAGUUCUCAAAAAUCUUUCCAGUUAAUCAUCAUUACUCAUGAUCCUAGUUUCUUAAGUAAAUUGUCUGCUAGAGACAUGGUUGAUACAUAUUAUGAAGUUCAAAGAAACAACAAGUAAGUAGAUUAUUUAUAUAAAUUUUAAAUAUUUAUAAAUUUAAGAUACAAUUAUUUAUCUACAUGUAAUUUUUUUUUAGUGGCGUUUCAGUUGUGUAUGAAAAAGAUAUGAAAUUAUUACACUAAAAAUAUUAACAUAAAUAUUUAGUUUAAAAAAGUAUGUAUAAUAACAAUAGAUAUUAUACUUUUGUAAUAUGAUAAGUUUUUUUUUAAAAAUAUUUUGUAUAAUGUAAUUUAAAGUAAUUUGGAUGUUUAAAUAUUAUUACUUAAACUUCUAAACAUUUUUUAUAUGGGUUUAAAAUAAAAUCCUUUAAUCUAAAUGGUAUUUGUGUUUUUUAUUGGUAUACACGACUCCUGUAAAACUUAGAAGGGUUUAGGGCCAAGAAGAUCAGAAGAAUAUCUGAUGUCCUUAUCCUGAAAUUUAAUAAUUUGUUAAAUAUUAUAUGAGUCCCAUAAAAAAAUGUAAAGGUUCUCAAAAGUGACUCAAAAACUUUUCUUUAUUUAAUUUAUUUUAUCCUACACUCCAAAAGGAUUAUUUUCUUUUAGUUUGAUUUACAAUAAAACUAAAUUAUUUUUUUCUUUUUUUAGUAUAAAUUAUAUUAUAUUUAUAAAUUCUUUUUUGCUGCAUUUUAAGUCAGUUAUUACUUUAUAUGUACCUAUAUAUGUGUGUUUAUACUUUAAAUUAGUCAGUAUUUAUUUUCAUUGGGUAUAUUUUUUUUUUAAUAUACUUUUAGUUGCACACAUUUUUGAAAACUGAUUUUUAAAGAGCGUUAAAAUAGUAUCAUAACUAGGGUUCGGAUGGUUAGGAAAUUUAUCCAAUUCAAUACCUGGAUAAUCUGAAUACAAAUUUAAUUCAUGUUCUACUGAAUCAAUAAUACUAUUUUUAUUUUGCAUAUUUUAUGGUUUUAUAUUUUAAUUCAUAUUUCGAAAUUUUAAUAAUAUAAAUGCAUAUUUAAAUACAAUUUCAAAUUUUUUUAAAAAUAAUUUCAAUUAAUAGAGAAAUAUAAAGCAUACAAUUUGAACAAACUAAAAACACUAUUGUAUCACACUCUAAUGCUUUUAUUAUAAAUGAUUAUGUAAUAUUAAAAAAUUAAUAAAUAAAAAUAACCACUAAAAAGUUACUAAUAAAAAUUAAAUAUUUAAGGUAAAAUAAAUUUUUUACAUAUUUUGGUGUUUUUAUUAAUCAAAAAUUUAUAUUUUAUAUUUUUUAGUGAAUGUUUUGAUUGCAUAUUUGGCAAUUUUUUUGCACAUACAUGUUACAAUUAUUUUAAGUGCAUAAACAUCCGAACCUUAAUCAUAACAAUUAAGUACCAAUCAGGCAGUUAUUGCAAGUUAGUGAUUUAUUUACAAUAUUCUAUGAGCGAGAAUCAUAAAUGUUAAUAAUACUGUAUUUUUUUAUUAUUGAUUUCUGUGAAUAAAAAUACAAAACAGAAUAAGUUAGUUAGAACUUAUUAGUUAGAAUAAUGUAUGCAGCUGACAAAUUCUUAUUUCAAAACAUUAAAAUAUCUAAAUUAAUUCCUACUUACACUGAGUUCAAUUCAUUACACAACAUAAGUAAGUUAACACAAGUUUAGUUAAUUAAUAUAAU